UUUUAUUUAGAGUAGUUUAUGAUGUUGUUAUGUUAUGCUCAAUACUAAUCAGUAGAAUGUUUCUAUAAAUAAUGGUAAGAAUAUUACUCGUAGAACAGUUUACACGUUCACAUAACUGUAUACUGCGUAUGUUUUUACUGCUUCCAGCUUGCAGCCAGCUGCUACUAGCUAGAACGCUCAUCUAACCAUGGCAGUAAAAAAACCUUUGAAGCUUCGAAUAUCCAGCCUCAUCACUUACCUCCGAUCAUGCAAUUCCAAACCCACCACCAUCUCCGCCGUUAAUUUCCCCGUCAGUAAAGCUCUUUCUAAUUCAAACACCCACCACUCUUCCUCCGCCUUCAAACGCCACCUUCCCUCGUCCGCCGGCUGCCGUCCAACGCCCCGCACCGGCGACUACCCCCCUGCAUCACGGAAGCCGCAAGAGUUCAUCUGGACGAAAGAAGAGAAAUGGCACGUGGUGUUUCCUCCGCCGUCAACGACGGGGAAAAAGAAACGCCGACCAAGAAAAAAGAAAUCAACCGCCGCCGCGAUAAUGUUCCGACCCAGCACGUCGUCCUCGGAAGAGGAGAGAGAAACUAUGUUCUCGUCUUCCAGAACAUUCUCGACGGAUUCUUCCGGAAGGUCUAAAACGCGGCGCUCCACCUCAAGAAGGAGAUCGUCGGCGUCAUCUCCGGAGAGCGAGCUGCCGGCGGCGAGGCUAUCAGCGUUCAAGAAGCUGAUUCCGUGCACCGUGGACGGGAAAGUGAAGGAGAGCUUCGCCGUACUCAAGAAAUCGCGGGACCCACAGGGAGAUUUCAAGAGAUCGAUGAUGGAGAUGAUCGUGGAGAAGGAAUUGUUCGAGAAGAAGGAACUGGAACAGCUUUUGGAGUGUUUGCUGUCGUUGAACGGGAGGCAGUAUCAUGGGUUUAUUGUCGGAGCUUUCUCGGAGAUUUGGGAAGAUCUGUUUUGCUGAUUAUUCCGGUCCUCGAACGGUCGUCUGUUUGGUCAGAUUAGUGUUCCUAGCUAUGGAGGAUUAGAUAGCUGUGCCUGUGUAAAGAUCGAUCUACGUUCAUGGCCAUCAUUUCUACUGCACCUAUAUGUUCUAUAUAUUUGACUUUUUUAAUGAUCAUAGGAUUUCGUGAUAAAAA